AUGACAAUCUUCUACGAUCGUAUGCCGUCAACAGUUCAAGCACGAUCUCAGUCAACAUUGAAUAUCAAGUUGAAAACUCCUUCACUGACCUGCUUGAACAUUCCAUUGGAUAAUUCUUUCGGUAUUCGAGAAACAUCAUCUUCGUUCACUCGAAACGAGCAUCAUAGGGUCAUCGCAGGUAGUGUUGAUCUCAUUUCAGAAAUAUCGAAUCAAACGAGUGAUGAAACAUGGGCUCGUUUUCUACCAUCGAAACCAUUGAUGAGCUUCGUUUCACCCGAUCAACCGCAAGAAUGGCCACAGGUUCUUAAAGAAAAUUUUCGUACAUCAACUUCAAUGAUAACCGCUACUUCACUGAAUGAUUCUCUUGUUCGACUUCGCCGCCACCGGCAAUUAACAAAACUUCAUCAGUCCUCAUUGCAAACAAUCGAUAGACUAAUCGAACGAAAACAUCGGUUUUCAUUCAAUUAUCAUCGACCACUACCGAAAUUCGUUUCGCGUAACGCAUCAUGGAAAACAAGAUCGUCAUUCCGAUCAAAUUCUCGAAUGGCACCAUUCACUUCACUACCAGAAAUUCAUUGCCUCACAGAACAAAACUCUAUCCGUGAUGCUGUCCCAUUAUCAUCUGUUUCAAAUUCAUGGGAAAAAUCAGGUUCAUGGUCAUGGAGAUCAAGCAAUCCGAGCUCAUUAUCGAACCAGCGAAAAGAAUCCAAUAUAAGAAUACCACGACGUAUGGAUGAUUAUUUUCAAUCGAAUCUUCCUGCCAUAAUCGAAUCUCCAUUACAACAACGUCCUUCUUUGCAAACUCUCGAUCAUCAGAGAAUUCCACGUAUGUCGAAUCCAUUAUAUCAACGACGAACUUUCCUAUCGCAUUCUACUUCUAAUUAUGACAUGUCACCUAAUCUUCUAUCUUCUACAUCAAAAAUUCGAUAUCCAUCAACACCCGUGCUUGUUCAUCCACAUCAGAAGCAAUUCAAUCAAUUUUACACUUCAUCACUGACUACGUUCGAUGAUGAUGAUGAUGAUGAUGAUACUGAUUCAAUUCAAAGCAACAGUAGUUUCCGAUCAUGUGUCAACAGUCUGAGCGAACUAUCUGACCAAGGUGAUAUCGAUUCAACUUCGUCAUCGUCAUCAUCCGACAGUUAUUUUCCUGAAUCUUCAUCAGCCUACAAUGUACCACAAAGAAACCUUCCAGAACCGAUAAAAUCUACACGAUUAUCUUUUCGACAGCUUUGUAUACUACAAUAA